CGUCAUGACAUAAAUGGCGAUAGAAUGUAAAUUGUGGCGAUAGUAUAUUACGUGACGUUACCAGGAAAUAAGUGGGAGGAUCAAGUUCAUAAUUUUCUCUCCAUUUCCUGCAAUAAAUACUCUGUUUACGGCUCAUAAAAACUUAAAUUGAAAUGGCUCAAAACUUGGUAAUAUGUGGUGUGUCAGCAGAGGUGACAGAGCGGAUAAAAAAGCUGAAAAUUUCAAAAUCUAAAACAAAUAAUGCAGUUGUGUUGAAGGUUGAUUUAGAAAGUCGUCAAAUAGUACUUGAUGAGGAAUAUGAGGAUACAAGUAUAGAGGAACUGCAGAACGAACUACCAUCUCACAGACCAAGUUAUGUCUUUCUCAGCUACGAGUAUAAACACGAUGAUGGAAGGAUAUCCUAUCCAUUUAUAUUUAUAUUCAUCAGUCCAUCAGGAUGUAAGCCUGAGAUGCAGAUGAUGUACUCUGGUUCAAAACUGAAUUUGGUGAAGGAAACUGAAGUGUCGAAGGUUUUUGAAAUAAGAAGCACGGAAGAUUUAACAGAGGAAUGGCUGCUAGAAAAGUUAAAGUUCUUCCGAUAGAUUUACUACAUUUAUAAGGGAUCACUGAUGCUAGAGGUUUUUUCUGCGUGUAUGGAUAUACCCGGUCAUGAUACAAAAGUGAACAGUUGUUACAGACUAGUCACUGCAUAUAUCUCAAAGAGGAUGGAGACACAAUGAGGACUCGACCUUCGAAAACACAAAAAAAUAAUGAGCUUCAUUUAUUCGAAAUUCAGGGCAAAUUGACUUCAACUAUUAGGACAGAACUCAAGUGAACACAGCAAAUGUCAGUCACAGCAAGCCGGAAAAUAGGGGGGUGGUCAAGGUCAUUGCCUGGCACAAAAUUGUGAUUUGACAGCGAUCAGCGAGGUGUCUUGUACCAAUAACAACAUUGUUUCCAGGCUUGCACAGGGUUGUUUUUUAGUAAGGUUAUACUUCAGAUAAUUGUAUUGCUCGAGACAUUUUCUCAUUCUACGUAUUUAGGGUGAAACUGUAUAUAAAUAUUGGGGUGAAAUUUGCUGUCCACAUAAGUGUAUGUCGGCUCUGUAUUUGCAGAAGUUGUGUUGCAUUUUACCUUUUACUGACACUGAUUAAACCUUCACCUUGGGUCAAAAAAGGUAACAUAAUGAUAAUUUACUGGUUGAGCACUACAUUCAUAGGUUCUAUUAGUACAUUUGUCAUGUGUUAUGGUAGCCUAUGUUAGCCUAACUCAUUCUUAGGGUGUGUAAGCUGGACAAAAGACUUCAAGAAAACUGGGACCUUUUUCUUCAGAACAAAUUGAUAGUUGCAGAUUGUUUGAGAAAAUAUGUUUUAAAUCAUUUUGAAAUCCACAAUUUAUUUUGCAAUAAUUAUUGUGCUAGAACUAUGCUGUAAAUUUCAUAAUAUAUUAUUUUGUCGUCUUUGGUAAUAAAAUGUAUCAAUUAUA